GCAAAUUUUCUUCCUCAACCACCAACCCUGACUGCACCGCAGCCAUCAUGGAGUCGCUCAGCGAGACGCCCUGGGACGUUGUCAUUUGCGGCACAGGCCUGCAGCAGUCGCUCCUGGCAUUAGCACUCUCCCGAUCAGACAAAAAGAUCCUCCACAUAGACCCAAAUCAGUACUAUGGUGGGCCAGAGGCAGCCUUCAGCCUCCAGGAAGCCGAUGCUUGGGCCUCAGAGAUUGCUCAAGCACCUUCAUCUUCCGUCUUUACCGCUGCCGCCGUGACCAGGCCAGACGAGAUUCCCGACGGUGGCGUCAAGCUGUCCUUUCCUCGCGCCUACGCCCUCUCCCUCUCGCCCCAGAUCGUCCACGCCAACUCCAAGCUCCUCUCCCAGCUGGUCUCGUCCCGAUGCUACCGGCAGCUCGAGUUCCUGGCCGUUGGGUCCUUCUUCAUAUUCAGGCCUGCCUCUGAGACAACCGCAACGCCGACCUUGGCACGGAUACCCUCUACCCGUGAGGAUGUUUUCUCCUCCACAGACCUCUCCGCUCGGGUGAAGCGACAGCUCAUGAAGUUUCUGAAGCUUGUCUUGUCAUAUGAGGAAGAGGCGACCCUCCCGCAGUGGCAGGAGUAUGCCGAAAGGCCACUCGCCGAACUGCUGUCGGAGAAGAUGAGCUUGGACGAAGGCUUAAAGACGUACAUCAUCACCCUGACGCUUUCUCUCGACGGGCGUAUCAGUACCAAGGACGGGCUGGCGGCGAUCCAUCGACACAUGACGUCGAUGGGCCUGUUCGGGCCUGGCUUUGCUGCUGUCUACCCCAAGUGGGGUGGAGGCUCUGAGAUCGCCCAGGUGGGAUGCCGGGCCGGUGCGGUAGGCGGCGGUGUCUACAUGCUCGGCACAGGCAUCAAGGGCAUCAAGGGCGUUGGCACAGCUGACGAGGUUGAGUUGGAACUCUCAGAGGGCACAGUCAUCAAGACAAAGACACUGUUCAGAGGGCCUGUCGAAGUACCUGCUGCCAACGGUGCCACGGUCAGCCGGCUGGUUGCCAUUGUUGGGGCCCCCCUUGCUUCAUUGUUCGAACCUACAUUAGAAGGUGCCCCAGCACCUGCAGUGGCGGUCAUUGCCUUGCCGCCCAAGUCGGUGAAAACCAGCGAUGGAUUCGAGUCAACGUAUCCGAUCUACGCCAUCGCGCACUCGAGUGAUACUGGUGAAUGCCCAGCUGGACAAAGCAUCCUCUACCUCAAUACUAUCCACAUCCCACAGUCCAAGUCUCUGCUCGAGACCAGUGUUGACUUGCUUUUGUCAAGCCUAUGCCCCGAGGGCUCUAAGGCGCAAGUGCUGUACCAACUCUACUACGAGCAACAAGCUGGCGGCGUCAACUGUCUCGCAGGGGAGCAGCGCGUCUUCGAGUUCCCGACGUUACCUGUCUCUCUCACACUUGAAGACUCGUUGCUCGAUCCGAUCCACCAGGCCUGGGCUAAGGCGAUGGGAGACGAGCUGUCCGAGGAGGCACUGGCUGAGUAUAUGAUCUUCGCAGACCGAGAAGGAGCUGACGAUGACGACUACGAAUGAUGUCGAAGAUAACACUCUUCCUGUUUUGAUAGCUCACGAUGGCAUGAGAAUACGAGUUGUAAUGAAAAGCGAUGUGAUUCAUGCAUUAUUUGGCACGGCA